AUAAUACAGGGGUAUCGCAAAGUUAAUAAAAAAUACACAGUUCAUUUUUUUUAAAUGGAACCCCUUGUAUAUUUUUACAUUACAUAAAAGACAUUUUUUUUCUGAUUUCAAAAAUAUAUAAUAUGUUAAUAUUUGGUUUAGCCGUUUUCCCAAUAUUUAUCUUAAAAUUAAAAAAUAAAACAACUGUUUACCCGAAUCCCCGUUGCUAUGGUGUUUAUCGGUAACAAUAAAAUAAAUAAUGUUAUUUGUUGGGCUGUCACUGUCAAUGUUUCUGCUAUUUCUUUUGAAUAUGGGUUAUACCGAAGAAGAAAAGUUUGAAAUUAUGAGGUUGUUUUACAAAAACAACAAUAAUGUUGCUCGAGCGCAAGCUGAAUAUCACCGUAUUCAUCCCGAAAUGAGAGUUCCUGCUAGGUCCACUUUUUAUUACACUGAAAGGAGUAUGAGAAACCACAAAAAUCUACAAAGAAAAAAACGAACAGUUUUAGCUAACGCGGAUGAAGAACUACAAAUUUUAUUAUAUUUUCAAGAAAAACCAUAUUUAUCAACCGUAGAUGCUAGUAGACACUUUCAAUGCUCUAGAUCUAAGAUUCAAAGAGUUCUUCAGAAAUAUGGAUAUCAUCCUUACAAAUUGAUGCCAGUACAAAAAUUAACAAAUAAUCAUGAAAUAAGAAGGCUAACAUACUGUAAUCAGAUGUUAGAUAUAAAAAACGUAGAUAACGAUAUCUUUAAUAAAAUCUUGUGGACGGAUGAAGCUGUAUUUACAACAGCAGGGAUGUAUAAUAGAAAAAAUACUCACAUGUGGGCACCAGCAAAUCCUCACGCAUACGUCGAAAUAAAAAAAAAGGGCAGAAUGCAUGGGCGGAGUUAGGAGGGGGCUUGGGGAGGCUUAGCCCCCUUUAAAAUGAAAUUAGCCCCCCCAAAAAAAUUGUUCAAAACGUAAAAAAACAGAAAGUAUAAGACUUAAAGAAUAUGUGGUUGAAGCUUCCACUUCCGCAGUACACGAAGAAACGUUCUUAAAUUCACCUUUGAUAAAAAAUGAGGCACAAAAGGUUUGGCUAAUUUCAAUUUAUUAUAGGUCUCUCGACAAUAUAAUAAAUCAUCUAAAAAUAAGAUUUUUUUCCGAAAGUCAGAAAUUAGCUAAAUCUGUCUUCAUUUUUUUGCAGAUGGAUUUUGAUGGUAGUUUGGAAUUCAUUAAAUUGUAUGGAGGUACCUUUUUAAUCGAUAAGGAGCUAUUAAAAGCUGAAAUGACUAAAUAAAAUAAGGAAUUGCAUAAAUAAAAGCCAGAGCCACAACAUUACCAUUUCUGAUAUUAAAGAUGUAUUAAGAAAAGAGACUUUUCCAAAUGCAUAUACCCUUAUGCAAAUAGCAUUAGUUUUGCCAAUUUCUUCAGCGUUCUGCGAACGCUCUUUCUCAACAAUGAGAAAAAUUAAAAAUUGGUUUAGGUCAACGAUGGGUCAGGAUCGAUUUACUUCAUUAGCACUAACCACUCUUAGUAUUGAAAGUGGUCUAACAAGUCAUUGUCGCCAGAUGAAAUUUUAAAAGAGUUUUUAAAAAA